AUGGUGAAGCUAUCGGAGUCCGCUGUCUAUAUUCGUACAAAAUCUUCACUAGAAAACGUGAAAAAACUUAACUUAUGGGGUUGUGGUAUUGAUGACAUUCAAGUAUGUGAGAAAAUGGGUCUUUUGGAAAUUCUAUCUUUAAGUGUGAAUGAAGUGAAAUCCCUUUCACCACUUCAACACUGCAAGAAUCUGAAAGAACUGUAUCUUCGUAAAAACUGUUUGGAAUCUCUAGAUGAAUUGGAAUAUCUCAAAGAUCUCCCAAAUCUACGAACACUUUGGAUUGAUGAGAAUCCAUGUGUCGGAGAAGGAGGACCAGAAUAUCGAAGGAAAGUUAUCAGACUACUACCAAAUCUGACUAAACUUGAUGAUAAACCUGUAACUCAAAGUGAUCAUCAAGAAACAAUAGAGGACAGUAUUCCAGAAUGUGAUAUGCACACUUCGAUCUACAGUACCCGUUCUAAUCGAUCUAAUAGUAUUGAUUUGAUGAGUAGAUCUGUUUAUGUGGGUCCCGCAGUUGUCGAUAGAAUUGUUCAGCCACAACUUAUACACUUUGGAGAUGCAUCUGACGAAGAGAGAGUCGUAUAUCAGCCUAGAUCAUUUUCAGUUGAAGUUCCCGGAAUGCCAAUAACUGAUGAUAAUAAUUACUUAGAGAGUGCACCAACUUCUCAUAGAGGAUCCAGACAUAAUUUGAUGUCUCAAUCUAUGUAUGGAACACUGUGUGGAACAUUAGCAGAAGAACCAAGUUCUGCCGACGGAGAUGAUGAUUGGAAUGAUUUUAGCCUUGAAGAAGAUCGUGUAAUGGUGCAAAUGCCGCUAGCUGCUUCUCAUAGAAUGUAUCAAAGCAUGCAUGAAGGAAUGGUCAUGGAAAUGAAACGACCGACAUACGGUAGAAGUAUAAGUAUGCCACGUCGUAGAGUAACAAACGCUACACAACGUGCGAGUUCAAUGAGUCCAGCCAGAGAACAACGUCUAACAAAAAUCAUGUCAGCUGUAUCGGUUCUUCUUGAUGAACUCGAUCCGGAUGGUCUUCGACAAGUGGUCGAUGAAGCACAGAGGAGGCUGAAAAAGCAGAGAUAG